AACCCGAAUCAUGAAUUAGACGUGCCCGAAAAGCCUCUCACCGGCUAGUCCACCACCGCCUUCACUUCACUACGAAAAACCCAAAAUACCCCUCGCCAUUGCUCGAAUUCUCAUCUCUCUGCCAUCGCGAAACCCUAAGCAGCACUCCAUUGCCACUCUCUCGCUCACCUACAAAGCUCGGGGAUGUUCGCCAAGCUCUUUCGACGUUGCAGGAAAGAACCGAGCUCUGGAUCCUCUUCCCUUAAGCUUAAGCAGACACUAGCGAUGCUCAAGGAGAAGGAGAUUGUUCUUCAAAAGAAGAUCUCUAUUGAGGCUGAGAGAGCUAGAGAAUUCACAAAAGCAAAGAACAAACAAGCUGCAUUAGAAAGUUUGAAGAGGAAAAGGUACUAUGAAGUUCAAAUGGAGCAACUUGAGAGUUUUCAAUCCCGGAUUCUUGAUCAGGAGCAAAAGCUACCAAAGAAAUCGCCGGUUCAUUGCCGAGAAGUGCAGCAGAUGUCCCAGAAAGUGAAGAUCAAUUUACGGAAGAGCAAUCUUGCUUAAUGUUAAAAGUUAAAACCACUGGCUGCUACACCUGUGCAUCAAGACGGGAAGUAUCGGAUUAGAUGCAUACUCAUUAGCCAGUUCAUCGUAUGUCCAAGUAUGUAUUUCUUUCUCUCCCUUUUGUAUAUUGAACCUGCACUCUGUUGUUUUACUUCAAUCUAGCAAGCCAUUUCUGUUGCCAUUGUAAUGUUUACAUGUUCCAUGGUUGAUUUUCUGAACAUAUAUAUAUAUAUAUAUAUAUAUAUAUGAAACCAAUUGAUUAGUUUGCAACCGUUCAGAGCUUCUGGGGACAAAAUGAGCCUUUUACUUUGACCUA